AUGGCCACUCCCUCGCUACAGGCCUUGCGAUUACACUAUAACACAUCCUGGAAGAAUUUCCUCGCCUCAUCUAAGAACCUCGAAAUCCUGUCCUCCGUCCCCGCCGAUCGCCCGCCCUCUCCCUCCAUUCUUUACGUCCUCGACUCGUCCUUCAACCCUCCCACACUCGCCCAUUUUCAAAUCGCAACCUCGGCUCUGCAAGAAAAGCCUGACUCCCCAGUCCGAUUGCUGCUCUUGCUGGCCACCCAGAAUGCAGAUAAACCCGCCAAGCCGGCCUCGUUCGAGGACCGCCUUGUCAUGAUGGAGCUGUUUGCCCAUGACCUCCUGUCGCAUCUGCAAUCAUCGCAGCAGAAACAGCAACAGUUACCACAGAUUGACAUUGGUGUAACAAGAAAACCUUACUUUGUGGAUAAAGCAGCAGAAAUCGAAACUGCAGAUAUCUACCCCGCAUCACUUGAACAAGUCCAUCUUACUGGCUACGACACCUUGAUUCGCAUCUUCAAUCCCAAGUACUACCCUCCGGAGCAUAUUCUUCAGCCUCUUGCACCGUUCCUGUCCCAACACAGAUUACGGGUAACCAUGCGACCCAAUGAUGAAUGGGGCAGUCAGGAAGAGCAGCAGAGCUUCCUCGUUAACCUUGCCCAAGGAGGUCGGGCUAGUGAUGGCGGGAAGCCGGAAUGGGCGCAGCGGAUUCAGCUGGUCCAGGGUAGUAGGCCGGAGGAUCCUCCGGUCAGUUCGACUAAAGCUCGGGAGGCAGUUCAGCAGGAUCAUGGGCUCUUGGGAACUUUGGUUGCGCCCAGGGUCCUGGACUUUCUGCUACGGGAGACGCCGUAUGCUGGUAGUUGA